AUGGCUGCUCGAAGCCACGUUUGGUUGGCAGGGUCAACUCGCAGCCCCGCGAUUGCAACGGCUCGCAGGCCAAGUCGCUCGCCUACAUCGAAGCCGGGGCUGCCCUUCACGCUCCGGACUCAUGUACCAUCACAGCCUCCACCAGCUGUCAGCUUCUCGACACGCAAACUCAUGACUACUUCGCUGCCCAGCCGUGCAGAGAUGGAAACGCCUGAGAGCUACACGACCGCAUUUGCUCUGUUUGAGGCCAUGUGGGAAGCCGGUAUCACAGCAUGUUUCGUGAAUGUCGGGUCCGAUCACCCAUCUAUCCUCGAGGCUAUUGUCAGGGGCAAAAGAGAGCGACCCGGUGCCUGGCCUAGGAUGAUAACUUGCCCAUCCGAGAUCACCGCAAUCUCCAUGGCCGACGGUUACGCCCGAGUCACAGGUCGACCGCAGGCCGUCCUCGUCCACGUCGACGUCGGCACGCAGGCGCUCGGCCAAGGCAUCCAUAACGCCAGCGUCGGCCGCGCUCCCGUUUUCAUCUUCGCCGGCAUGUGCCCAUACACCGAGGCCGGCGAGCUGCCCGGCUCGCGGACCGAGUACAUGCACUGGUUGCAAGAAGCCCCAGAUCAGAAGGCCAUCGUCCGGCAGUAUUGCAGGUACACCGGCGAAGUCCGAACCGGGCUGAACGUAAAGCAGACUGUCGGACGUGCGCUUCAAUUCGCAAACAGCACGCCCAAGGGUCCGGUGUAUGUGGCCAGCGCGCGAGAGGUUCUGGCUCAGGAGAUGCAGCCGUACUCGCUGGAUCAAGAGCAGUGGGUGCCGAUCGGACCCAGUGCUCUUACCGCUGAUGCCGUUCGCGACAUAUCUACCGCCCUCGUGCAAGCCGAGCGGCCCCUCAUCAUCACGGGGUACUCCGGUCGCGACAGGCGCAAUCCGGGACUCCUCGUUGCGCUGGCGGACCUGAUACCUGGCAUACGUGUGCACGACACCGGCGGUAGCGACAUGUGCUUCCCUUUUUCCCACGUCGCGUCUGAAGGCUUUCGCCUGAGCAGGGACGAGUGCACCCGAGAUGCUGAUGUCUUCUUCUUGCUUGACUGCGACGUCCCCUGGAUCCCAUCUCACAACCCGCCUCGCAAGGACGCCAAGAUCUACCACGUCGACAGCGACCCGUUGAAUCAGCAGAUGCCGGUUUCUUUCUUCCCGGCACACGGACGCUGGAAAGCUGACAGCUUCACAGCUCUCACGCAGUUGAUUGACUAUAUUGAGAAUGAUGCCUUGCUCACCAAAACACUCCAAGACCCCAGGUAUACAGCCCGCGGAGAAGCCCGCGCCAACGUCCACAAGGCUCGUCUGGAAACCCUUGCAUUGCAACCUCGGCUGAGUGCUCACGAAGCACUGGACGCACACAACAUCGGCAGUCUUCUAAGAACGUCGCUCCCGGACUCGACGACCUUUGUCGUCGGGGUCGCGACAGCCACCCAAAUGCUUUCCGAUCAAAUCCAGGCAAGCCGCCCGGGCAGCUGGAUCAAUUGCGGCGGAACGGGUAUUGGAUGGAGCAAUGGCGCGGCAAUGGGUGUCCAGAUGGCGCUGGAAGAUGCGGAGAAAGAUAAAAAGAGUAAGACAGAGUGUGAACCGAGCCUGGUGUGCCACAUCGUCGGCGAUGGCAGCUUCAUGUGCGCUGCGCCGGCUAGUGCGCUGUGGGUGGCAAGCAAGUACGGUAUCCCGGUCCUAACGAUCGUCUUGAACAACGGAGGCUGGAAGGCUCCCCGUAACUCCACGCAAAUCAUGUACCCCACCGGCCUCAACACCACGGCGUCAGACGACGAACUGAACAUCUCUUUCCGUCCGUCGCCCAACUAUGCUGCUCUAGCCGAGGCGGCCGCGGGAUCGGAAGUGGGCUGGGGAAACGCGACUGAGGAUCCGGAGGCAUGGAUGAAGGGUCUGCGAGUUAGGACUGUGGGGGACUUCAAGGAAGCGCUCCAGCAGGCUGGUUCGAGGGUGGCUGGGAAGGGAAAGGGGAUGCUAAUUGAGGCACAGAUAGAUCUUCUCGUCGGUUCCGUCGCCACGGUGGCUUCGGCCGUGACCGUGUCAGAGCUCUGGAGGAAUCUAGUAGUUGAAGCCGACAACGAGGUCUUGUACCGCAAAAGGAAACAAGAACCCCGACGCCGGGAGUAUUGGAGGCUGGCGUUCGUCGGCAAAGACAAGACGGGAUCGGUCGCAGAAGUAUCCAGGUGGAUAGCUGGACCUCUGUCGGACAAUCUCUGCCUUACGCGCGCGCAAACCAUCGUUAAGCAGGAGAUAAUGACUGAUGACAUCGCCCUGUUUCUCGACACGCUCUGGACCCGUGCUGCCGAUAUCCGUCUUACGCCUGCCAAGCGAAUUGCCUUCCACACAUAUCUCUUGGUGACUGGCCUCGCUGGCUUUCAAAACGGCUCGGUGCUCAGUUUGCCUUACGAACAGGUCCAAUUUGGAUUGGCACGAGAUCCCCAUGACCCGGCAGCUCUGAAACUGGUCGCUCAUAUUUUGGUCAUUCAGAACAACCGCAAGAAGGACACGAUCCAACGCGAUCAGGAUGACAAGGUUGCGUUCAGCAUCGGCUUUGUUCCAGCCCACACCUUCUGCCUCUUGAGCCUCCUUGUCGCUCGCGCCCUAGCCGAUGAUGCUUUCGAGGAGGGGUACCGGACUCUUGACGAGCUGCUUGACAGGCCACUUCUGGAACCGGGUAUGUGCUAUCUGAAUCUGCCGCUCAAACAGGACAUCGGGAAGAAACCAGCCAUUCCAUUGACGCAAGAGAAGCUGAAUGAGAUACGGAUCGUGUCUGUCUCUUCUCUAGAAUGCGACAGUAUACAAAGCCUUACAUGA